AUGAUGUUCAUAUCUAUCGAGCAAACUGUCAGACUUUUUAUCUAUCGCAGGCUGUUUCUAUCUAUCUAUCUAUCUAUCUAUCUAUCACAGUCUGUCCAUUAUCUAUUCAUUUAUUCCAACCACAUUAUAUCUAUCAAUUUAUCUCAGCAUAUUUAUCUCAUCCUGUUCAUUAUCUAUCUGUCUCUUCAUAUCUAUUUAUCUAUUUAUAUAUCUAUCCAUAACAGCCUCUUCAUAUCUAUCCAUUUAUCUCAGCUUAUCUCCCCCUGUUUGCUCAUAAUCUAUCUAUCUAUCUAUCUAUCUAUCUAUCUAUCUAUCUAUCUAUCUUUUUUAUCAACAUUUUAUUGUCGAUUCAAGUACGCACUGAAUCUAUUCGUUUCUCGGCUUUUCGUUAAACCUUUUUCUCUAUUUUCUCUUUCUCUCUCUCUCUCUCUCUCUCUCUCUCUCUCUCUAUCUAUCUAUCUAUCUAUCUAUCUAUCUAUCUAUCUAUCUAUCUCUUUCUAUCUUUCUCUUUCUACCACUCUCCAUCUCCCACAAUCUCGUACGGUUUCUUCGCAUCUAUUUCUCCUCUCUCUCUCCCCCUCUCUCUGUCUCCUCGGCUCUCUCCUCCCUCUCCCUUUCUCUACUCUUUCUCUCUCUCUACACCACUCUUUCCCUAGAUUCUCUCCCACUCUCCUACUCUCUCUCUCUCUCCCCCCUCUCUCUGCUUCUCUAGUCCCCGAUAGUGAGCGUUGCAAAUCUCCUCCUCUUCUUUCACCUCUUCUUCCUCCUCCUCCCACUUCUUCUUCUUCUUCUUCUUCUUCUUCUUCUUCUUCUUCUUCUUCUUCUUUUCAACAUUCUAUUUUCUACUUGUUUUUUCGCUUUAAUUUUCUUUGUUUUAAUUAUUCUUCUUCUUUUUCUUUUUCUUUUCUUCUUCUUCUUUUCUUCUUCUUCUUCAUCUACUUAUUAUUAUUAUUAUUAUCACUGUCUCCUUCUUUUCAACAUUCUAUUUUCUACUUCUUUUAUCAGAUUUUCUUUUUCUUUCACUUUAAUUAUAAUUGUUGUUGUUGUUGUUGUUGUUCUUCUUCUUCUUCUUCUUCUUCUUCUUCUUCUUCUUCUACUACUACUACUACUACUACUACUACUUCUACAUCUACUUCUUCCUCUUCUUUAACUCUUCACCUUCAGCAUUAA